AUGAAGCAGGGAUUGGCCUCCACCUCACCUGCCCUGGGGCCACCGUAUUAUAAAAUGCUGGACUUCAUUGACCGUGGUGCCUUUGGUGAGGUCACGCUGGCACAGCACUUGCUUACUAGGACCAAGGUGGCCGUGAAAACCACCAAAAACACUAGCUCCUACUUCAUGAUUAGGAUGUGCCACUUGAUAAUAAUGGAGUACGCAUCAGGAGGAAGCCUGUCCGGACUGGAUUCAACACAACAUCGUGAUGGAGGAGGAGGCCCGAGCCAUGUUCCAGCAGAUGCUCUCAGCCGUGCAGUACUGCCACAGAAAAAGAAUAGCUCACAGAAACCUGAAGCCGGACAACAUCCUCUUAGACGGUACUCAGUGAGCACGCCAACUGCACUCUCCCUGUCAUUCCAGGACCAGAGGACCUCCACCCGGCAGCACCUCUCCAGCCGGGUGACAGCGUUCUCCUCCAAGAGCUCAAACCAUCAAUCCUGGACUGAGGGCCCCACCACCAGGACUCAUAAUCUUACACAGGCAAACUGCCAAACAGUUAGCUUUUCAGUCUACUGUCUCCAUCCUCAUCCCACAUCGUAUAAAAGCACCAUACUCGGUUGCAACCAUGAGUUUCAUUUUCGGCACGGGCUGUGUUUUCUAUAUGACCAAACCAAGGACUACUGUCAUUGGUGGAACACCACCUAUGGGGGGUGCCCAUACAGCUCUUGUGUUAUUCACAAGCCACAGCCUCCAAGCUGUCCCAACCACAUGCUCGCUCACUUCAGCAAUGGUUCCUUAGCACUCAACAUCCGUGACCCCGGCACAGCCGUUAGGAUACAGGAGUGUCUGGUAAAGUCUGUGAAGAUUAUACCUCGAGCCACCCUCAGGGAACAUGGCUAAUAUUUCGGUCCUAUACCCGCAUUGUCUCUAAAGCAAUAGAACAGCUCAGUUCUGUAAGCCAUACAAUCCUGUAAAAUGAAGCCAUCCUAACUAACCAAUUCAAACCCUCAGAUAACACCUCUCAGUCUUUCUCUUGGUUGACUCUAGUACAGCAGGGAGCCAACAUGUUAAAUUUAACUAAAGAUAUGAAUAUCACCAACUGCUUUUUAUGUGCCUCUUUCAGCAACCCCCCCUUAGCUGCAGUUCCCCUCAGGUCCGGGUUCAAUCUGUCACAAUCACCUACGGGACCCGGCACCAUCUUAACAGAUAUCCCCUUGUUCCAAGUACACCCUCAAAAUUUCUCUCUCUGCCAUGAGACAGCCAGCAGCUCCAGUCCCAGCUAUAACACCACAGUAAAGGUAAAAUCCUCCCUCUACGCACCACCAAGAGGAUAUUUCUGGUGUAAUGGAACCUUAUCUAAAAUUAUUAAU